UGGGAGGAGCUGGAUGUGGUUCUGCUGGAUGACUCACUCUUCUGUCAAACAGACACACUCAUUCAGUCUUUCGGUGUCGGUUGUGGGUGCAGGGGGGGAGCGCGCUGCCUAUCAGAAGAGGCUCCCCUAGUCAAAGCGUUCUCCACUGGAGGGCGAGUGCUACAAGAGCACCGGGACUCUCCGGCAGGCUGGAGAGACGGGAUAGAGCAGCAGCUGGAGGACACACUGGCAGACAGGCACAGAGGGAGGGAGAGAGAAAUCCCCAGCAGGACUCUGCCACGCAACAUCUCUGUCCGCCGACGGAUUAAAAUCCAGCGUCUACCGCCGAAAUCACGCUGAGACAUGAACCUCUCCCGCUGAAGAAUAUUAAUGCUGAACUGAGUGGACUGGUGCUCUCUUCCAGUGUUCCCCCUCCCCUCAGUGUUCUGUCCCACUGUCUGUCACCUGGAUUGUGAGCAGCCAUGACAAAGUCCUAUGAGUUCAACUGGCAGAAGCACCUGCCUGAGUUCAUGCAAGAAGGCGCCUCCUUCGACAGGUUUGAUGAGGACCCAUACCUCUUUGAGCCCAACUGUCAGAUGAAGGUGGAUGAAUAUGGCUUCUUUAUCACAUGGAAGAGUGAGGGAAAGGAGGGCCAGGUUCUCGAGUGUUCUCUUAUCAACAGUAUCCGUGUUGGUGCCGUCCCUAAGGACCCAAAGAUCCUGUCCUCAUUCGAGGCCAUAGGAAAGACUGAGGCCGACCUGGAGGGAUGCAUCAUCUGCAUCUGCAGCGGCACUGACCUGGUCAACCUGAGCUUCAUGUUCAUGGUGGCAGAGAGCCCCGACACAGCCAGGAAAUGGAUUGAGGGUUUGAGGUCGGUGAUCCACAACUUUAAGGCCAACAACGUGUGUCCAAUGACAUGCCUCAAGAAACAUUGGAUGAGGAUGUGUUUCCUGACCAAUGUCAACGGGAAGAUCCCUGUUAGAGGUAUCACAAGAACCUUUGCAUCAGGGAAGACAGAGAAAGGGAUCUUUCAGGCUCUGAAGGAUCUAGGUCUUCCCAGUGGAAAGAAUGACGAGAUUGAACCCUCAGACUUCACCUUUGACAUUUUCUACGCGCUGACACAGAAGAUUUGCCCUCGCACAGAUAUAGAGGAGCUCUUCAAGAAAAUCAAUGGGAACAAAACAGAUUAUUUAACUGUAGACCAGUUAGUCAGCUUUCUGAAUGAAAACCAACGUGACCCGAGGUUAAAUGAGAUUCUGUUUCCAUUUUACGACCCCAAAAGAGCCAUGCAAAUCAUCGAGAAAUAUGAAAGGGACGAAGAGCUGAAGAAAAAAGGCUGCAUGUCGAGUGACGGGUUCUGUCGGUACCUAAUGUCAGACGAAAAUGCUCCGGUGUUCCUGGACAGACUAGAGCUGUACCAAGACAUGGAUCAGCCUUUGGCUCAUUACUUUAUCAGCUCCUCCCACAAUACAUACCUGACAGGGAGACAGUUUGGAGGGAAGUCGUCAGUGGAGAUGUACCGCCAGGUCCUGCUGUCCGGAUGCAGAUGUGUGGAGCUGGACUGCUGGGAUGGCAAAGGGGAGGACCAGGAACCCAUCAUUACUCAUGGCAAGGCCAUGUGCACAGACAUCCUGUUCAAGGAUGUGAUCCAAGCAAUCAAGGAGACGGCGUUUGUCACAUCUGAUUAUCCUGUUAUUUUAUCAUUUGAAAAUCAUUGCAGUAAACUACAGCAGUAUAAGAUGGCCAAGUAUUGUGAGGAGCUCUUUGGCGACCUCCUUCUCAGACAGCCUCUGGAGAACUACCCAAUGGAUCCUGGGCAUCCUUUACCUUCACCAAACGACCUGAAGAGAAAAAUCCUAAUAAAGAAUAAGCGAUUAAAACCUGAAGUGGAGCAGAGGCAACUUGAAGCUUUAAAGAAGCACAUGGAGGCCGGCGAGACCAACACUCCUGCUAUCAUUAUGGGAGAGGAGAAUGAGGACGACGCAGAGAACGGGGAAAAAGAAGCUGAAGAUAAAGACUUGAAUUCAGAGGCUCCCAGCAUUCUGUCAGAAGUCACCAGUGAGAAAGAGACGAACAGUGUUUCCCAGAGCAACGUCAUCAGCUCUGGAAAAGAGGAAGAGCGCAGCAACAGCAUCAAAAAGGUACCUGAUGAUGAGGUCACAGAGAUUUCUGAAGCAACAGACGCCACAGAUAUUUCUGAGGCAUCUGAUCAAGACAACAACAAGAAGGGCGGAGACGUGGCGGAGGACUCUGAGGAGGCUCUGAUAGCGCAAUAUAAAUAUGAGUCAGCCACCACAAAUAUCCACCCGUAUCUCUCAGCCAUGGUCAACUAUGCACAGCCGGUGAAGUUCCAGGGUUUUGAUGUUGCAGAAGAGAGGAAUAUUCACCACAACAUGUCAUCCUUCAACGAGUCAGUGGGCCUGGGCUAUCUGAAGACCAACGCCAUCGAGUUUGUCAACUACAACAAGCGUCAGAUGAGCCGUAUCUACCCCAAAGGAGGCAGGGUGGACUCCAGUAAUUAUAUGCCUCAGAUCUUCUGGAACGCAGGCUGCCAGAUGGUCUCCCUCAACUUCCAGACCCCAGAUCUGGCCAUGCAGCUGAACCAAGGAAAGUUUGAGUACAACGGCUGUUGUGGGUACCUGCUGAAGCCAGAUUUCAUGCGUCGGUCAGACAGGACGUUUGACCCGUUCUCUGAGACGCCGGUGGAUGGCGUCAUUGCAGCAACCUGCAGCGUCCAGGUGUUCUCAGGACAGUUUCUGUCUGACAAAAAAAUUGGCACGUACGUUGAAGUUGAUAUGUACGGCUUGCCUACGGAUACAAUCCGGAAAGAGUUCCGCACACGCAUGGUGAUGAACAAUGGACUGAAUCCAGCCUACAACGAAGAGCCCUUUGUUUUCAGAAAGGUAAUCUUACCAGAUCUGGCGGUGCUGCGCAUCGCGGUGUACGACGACAACAACAAGCUGAUUGGCCAGCGCAUCCUGCCUCUGGACGGGCUGCAGGCUGGCUACCGACACAUCUCCCUGAGGAACGAAGGCAACAACCCUCUGUCGUUGCCGACCGUCUUCUGCCAAAUCAUCCUCAAGACGUACGUGCCCGACGGCUUCGGAGCAAUUGUGGAUGCUCUAUCAGAUCCAAAGAAGUUUUUGACCAUAGCGGAGAAGAGAGCCGACCAGAUGAAGGCCCUGGGGAUUGACACGAAUGACAUAGCAGAUGUUCCCAAUGGAAGCUCAAAGAAUGACAAGAAGGGAAAGGGAAAAGGAGACACAGGGAAAGCCAGUGUGACACAACAAGCCAGCUCAGAUAUGGCCCAGACCUCCAACUCUGUCCAGAACAACACAAACGAGAACAAGAAGGAUGCUGCGCUUGUGCCUAAUGUGAGCAUUGAUGACUUAAAGCAAAUGAAGAGCUACCUAAAGCUGAUUAAAAAGCAGCAGAAGGAGCUCAACGCUUUAAAGAAGAAACACUCAAAGGAUCAAAAUGCAAUGCAGAAAGCCCAUUGCACUCAGGUGGAUAAGAUGGUGUCCCACCAUGAAAAGGAAAAGACUAAUCUGGAUAAACUGUUGGAGAAAGCCAUCAAGAAACGAGGGGAGAACAACUGUCAAGAGCUGAAGAAGGAGACAGAAGAUAAGAUCCAAACUCUCACCACAGAUCAUAAAGCAAAGGUGAAAGACAUCACAGCACAACACACCAAGGAGUGGUCGGAGCUGAUCAGUAGUCACAGCAGCGAAGAGCGCGAGAUGAAGGACAGUCAUGUUACCCAGCAGUGUGAGCACCUCAAGAAACUCCUUUGUAGUGUCCAGGAGCAGCAGACCCUGCAGCUCAAACUCAUUCAUGAAAGGCAAAGCAAAGAGAUGCGUGCCAACCAGGCUAAGAUGUCCAUGGAGAACAGUAAAGCAAUCAGCCAAGACAAAAGUAUCAAAAACAAGGCAGAGCGAGAGAGGAGAGUGCGGGAGUUAAACUGCAGCAACACCAAGAAGUUUUUGGAUGAGAGGAAGAGGUUGGCUAUGAAACAUCAGAAGGAGAUGGAGCAGCUGGAGAAAAAUCAGACGGAGCAGUUGGAUAAACUGGAGAAGCACAACGAGCAGCUUUUGAAAUCACACCAUGCAAACAAACAGGUUCAAGGCCAAGGACAUCCAGCAGAUGGUGAAGUUGGAGGAGGAGAUGGACCGCAGACCUGCCACGGUGGUCUGAGCGACUGACCGCGUCACGGGCCCACACAUGUACACUGACGCACACUCGUACUCACGCACACACACACACACACACACACACAGAGCGGUGCAGAAACACUCCCCCUGCAGGACAUCCUCUACAGUGCAGAGAUCAUUCUCUCUAAACAGUCUAAUGUUAAUCUAAUCUUGACUCAAACACGUGGAAGCUUUUUUUCCUUUGUUCACUCCAGCCACGCCCCGUGUCUUCUGCACCUUUUAUCCUGCCAAUCAACUUUGUACCACUGAGCCAUUGCUGCUUGUCGCUGUUCCACCGGGGGCGCGACCACUUCUGUCGGGGAAAGGAAACGUUACUUUGCGGACUGAGCAACAAAAACAGACACAUCCCUUCCUCCUCCGCAGCACCUUGACUUCAGUGAGUUUUCUACACGGCAAAAGCUUCAGCUGUUGGUAGAAUCAAGCACACACACACACAAACACAUCAUGGUUCACACACAGCAGAUAUCUCUUCCUGUUUAGUUUUAAUUGGCACCCAAUAAACUCACAGUUUCAGUGUGUAAAGAGGGGAGAGGAGGUGUUUGACUCUGCUACUCCAGCACAAGUGAAUAAACUUUGUGAAAUACACUGUACACACACCACCAGUCCUGUCCUGAGCACUUUGUAUAUGAUAGGUUGUUCAAUGUGGGAAAUGUAGCAGUGCACUACUGUAUGAUUCUCUGUCUUUCAGUAAGAAUGUAUCUUAAAAAACCAAACUAUUAAAAGGUAACUCUUAGAGAGAGGACCCCUUCCUCACCAAUAUUGAUGUCUUGUUGAGUUGGAUACCUGUAAAGGGAUGACGGGUAAUCAGUUGUUGCUAAUAUUCAGUCAGAUUUUUAUGUUGAUUUACUAUUUGAUACAGAAAGUCAAAUGGAUGGUGCAAUAACUUUCGCACAGACUUCAUUUAUCAGAUUCCAGCUGAAUGCAUCUCUCUCGUAUUCAAUAAAUCAGAAUGUUAUCGAAAAGCUAAUUUAUUUUAGUAACUCAGUUCACCAAGUGAGACGCACUAAAGCUUAAACCUUUGUUAAUUAUGAUGAUUUUCCACCUGCGGCUAAUCAAAACAUUACAUUUAAGAUUAGAAUAUCACAUUGGACCAAUAAAGGAACUUUAAUCCAGAAAUGUGGGCUUAACGAAAAGAAUAAUUUAACACCUGCUUAAAAGGUUGCUAAUUUUCUAAAGCUACUUUCAAUCUGUCAAAUGAGGUUCGCUGUAUCACAGAUUCUAAUUUAUUGAGUAUAACUGUAUAAAUCCUUUGGGGCCACAGGAUCAUACAUACUAUGCAAAAGUAAAUUCAUCUUUCCCCCCAAAAAAGAUCUAAUGAUAGUUUUGACUAAAGGUGACCCAAACAGAGGGUCAAAUACAGAAAGAAGUAACCAAAAAGUGGGGUGUUUUUAUACUUGUUUUUACAUGACCAGAGGCAAUAAAAGCUAUUUCAAGAUAAAGUGAAACUUUGUUUUGCAUUACACACUUGUUUUAGUUUGUAGACUUAAAACUCCCUUUAAAAUUGAGCCGAAUUGCACCAGAAUACUGUUUGUGGGUUUUUAGAUGGCUUUUAUCUACAACCCUGACUAACAUGAAUACAGAAAAGAGACGGCAUCCAAAUGUUUACCCAAAUAAUACAAAGACUUAAUAUAACAUGUUAAAGGGGGACAAAAGCACUUGUUGGGAUUUUGGCCUUUUAUAGAGAAUGUUUUUUUUUCCUGUUUUAUUCUGCUGUAAUAAAUAAUGGUAGAAGAGGUGUUUAUGUAUAUAUUCUGCUGGAAUGUAAUUAAAUGACUUGUCUUUCUGACCAGUGUUCUUUCUUUUAAGAGCUUGGGGACAGACUGUCAUGUCGGGGAAGGACAUUUAUCAAGCACUGGCCUCUUUUUUUUUUUUUUUUAUCCUUUUGUUUUGUUUCCCUUCACUGCACCACACCACACAAUCUAAAGCUCACCACAUAUCUAGAACAGAGAUAAAAAUGAGUAAAAAGUGCUUUUAAAGUUUAUUCCAUCGCUUUCAGAUGUGCCACUCAGUGUCUGCUAGGAUGUUUAAAUUAUUUUAUGAAUGAUAAAAUGCCAAAUUAAGGGGUUAUUUGUAUGAAGGUAUAUAUAAAUAAAUAUAUAUUAUAUAUAUAUUAGAUAAUGUGUAGUUUAAGAUUAUUAUGUUAGAGGCUUUUUUUGCACUAGUUGUUUCUGUUGUGUGAAAACUUGUAACCUUGGACUUUGAGUUUGUCCUAAAAGAAAAAAAAACAUUAUUUUUGCAGAGCAACAUCCCUGAUUUCAUUCCCUUAGUUUCUACUGUAUCUCUUUGUUUUCUAUUUGAACUGUAGCUUGUCAACAGACAUUCUGUGUGUGUUUUUGUAUUUAUAUUGUACUGUUGGACUUAUAGCAUUAACAAUACUGUUGUUAUCCAGCUCCUUUAAUACUGUUUUAUAGUACGUGUAUCAAUAAAUCCAGGUGUAAAAAUGAGAC